AAAGGGUCAAUAUGACUGAAAGAAGGCAUCACUCCUUAGCAAGGAAGCUAUGAGCGACCAGAAGAAGAUGACCCUGUGGGGCCCCCAUAUAGGCAUGUACAAGUUUCAUGUUGAUAUUCUUCCUCCGAAACCUUUCCCUCCUUUCUCUUUAUAUACCGUUUCUACCAACCCAAAAACCCCAACACACAAAACUCUUGGUUAUAGUACAACACACUGUAGAACCCCAAAAGCCUCACUCUCUCGCGCGCGCGCACGCACACACUCUCUCUCGCUCUCUCUGAUCUCUGCCUCUCUUUCAGCCAUUGCCGAUGUUAAUGUAGAAAGGGCAUCCUAUCAAACGUGUUUUUAAUAACUUAUAGUUGAAGACCUCUUGGAUACUGAUAGUUACUGAAGGAGCCCCAACUGUAACAGCACGAAUGACUACAUUUACACCUAAGGCUAUUGUACACAAAAGAUUUGGUAGCUCAGCCUGCUAUAAGGUAGAGGAAGUGCAUGAGUCCACUCAAAAUGGAUGUCCAGGGUUGGCCAUUAUGCAGAAGGGCCCUUGCUUUUAUUGCUGUACCUUGCAGCUUCCAGAAGUUACGGUUGUAUCUGGAAUUUUUAAAAAGAAGAAGGAUGCUGAGCAAUCUGCUGCUGAAUUGGCCUUAGAGAAGCUAGGCAUUAAUCCCGCAACAAAAAGCCCUUCUCUGCAGGAAACAUGGGAUGAUUUAGUCACUCGUGUCAGUUUUUUAUUUUCAGACGAGUUCCUUUCAACUCUUCAUCCGCUGAGUGGUCACUUCAGAGCAGCUUUGCAGAGAGAAGGUGAUCUUUCUGGGCAGAUUCCUGCUUCUGUCAUUGCCAUCUUUGAUGCAACAAUUUGUAAUAUGUGUAAAUCCCUUGAUCCUAAGGUGGAGUCCAAUCCUUUCUUGGUUAUACCGUAUGUUGUGAGGGCUGCUGCUAGAUUAUCUGAACUUAUUUCUACUUCUGAGGAAGAGCUCUGGUUUAGGAGGCGAAAUCCAUAUGCUCCUGAAACAGUGGAGUCAUCAUCUAUCCAGCAAUUAGGUUCGACAGAAAUCUUUUCAGUUGAAGCCAUAAAUGUACCAUCUUCACUAGAGAAGACUGUUGAAAGAGUAAUCCUUAAUGUCUCAUCUUCUGGAUAUUUCCUGGAUGUUAUUGCAAAACAACUUGGGUUAUCGAAAGCUUCUGACGUUCUGAUCUCAAGGCCUAUAGGUAAGGCUUCCUCUGAGACAAGACUGUACUUUGCUGCUCCCAAGCAAUAUCUGUUGGAUAUGUCUUCAGAUCUUCUAAAUGCCAAAGAAGCUUGUAACUCUGAAGGAUCUUUGAAUGCAAGAGCAAGUUACUUGUCUGGCCAAGAUAUAUAUGGUGACGCUAUUUUAGCAUCCAUUGGAUACACGUGGAGGUCCAAAGACCUUUUCUAUGAAGAUGUAACCCUGCAAUCAUAUCACAGGAUGGUCAUUGGCAAGACACCAGGUGGAAUUUACAAGUUGUCCAGAGGGGCAAUACUUGCAGCUGAGUUACCUUUGGCAUUUACUACCAAUGCAAAAUGGAAGGGUUCCUUUCCAAGGGAGAUGCUCUGUACAUUCUGCCGUCAGCACCGGCUUGAACCCGUCUUCUCUACUCAAAGCACUCUAGAAGAAUCAUCCGAGUCACCAAAAUCACACAAGAAGUUAAAGGUGACAGACUUGCCUGUGAAAGAGGCACAAUAUGCAAAUGGCUGUGUUGUUGCUGCUGGCGUAAAGGACUCGGUUGAAUCCGGAGGUAGCUUUAGAUGUGAAGUGAAAAUAGUUUCUAAAUUUCAGGAUUUUAUUUUAGAGUGCUCACCGAAAGAUUCUUUUAAGAAACAGAGCGAUUCCAUCCAGAAUGUUUCUUUGAAAGUUCUGUUAUGGUUAAAUGCAUAUUUUCGAGAUCCAACUGUGCCUUUGGAGAGACUUAAUGCUUCUGCUGAUGGUCUUAACAUUAGAUUUGAUCCCCAAAACUUUAUUAAAGUAUUUAUGCUGUGCCAACAUAUUCAUAAUGUUGGGCGUAAUGAAACUGAAGAAGGAAAAUCAGUAUGUUCCAACUCUGUGAAUGCGUCAUAUGCUCUGCCUGGACAUGAAUUUCGUUCUCUAAAUAUAGAAGGACCAGAUUCUGGUGUUACUCCAUCUAAUGGAUCCUUAUCAUCUGUAAGUUAUUCCGUAUCUUUGGUGACUGAAGAUGAACAUAAGAAAGAACUUCUGGAAAGUAGUGAUGACUUUGAGUUUGAGAUAGCAUCUGGAGCAGUGAUUCCACAUCUCGAGUCAGUUGUCAUGCAAAUGACUGUUGGUCAGUCUGCUUUUUCCAGUAUGGAUUUGCCCCAUCAAGAGUUGAUUUUAGCUGCAGCUGAUGAUUCUGCUAGGAUGCUUUCCUUGUUGUCUUCAAAGACCUGCUUCUUGGAGUACACUAUAACUUUGUUGCAGGUAACAGAACCUCUGGAGGAUAGAAUGGAGCAGGCUCUUUUCAGCCCUCCACUUUCAAAACAGCGUGUCGAAUAUGCGGUGCAAAGCAUCAAAGAAUCUUGCGCCACUACUUUGGUUGACUUUGGAUGUGGCUCUGGUAGUUUGUUGGAUUCUUUAUUAAACUAUCCAACUUCUCUGGAAAAAAUUGCUGGUGUUGACAUUUCACAGAAGAGUCUUACCCGUGCGGCAAAGAUACUUCAUUCCAAAUUAGAUGCCAGUAUGUCAGCCAUAAAUUCUGCAGUUCUGUAUGACGGUUCAAUUACAGCUUUUGAUUCACGAUUGAGUGGAUUUGAUAUUGGAACUUGCUUAGAGGUCAUAGAGCAUAUGGAGGAAGAUCAAGCAUCUGAGUUUGGCAAUGUGGUACUGAGUUUAUUUCGUCCAAGGGUUCUUAUUGUCUCCACUCCAAAUUAUGAAUACAAUGUGAUACUCCAGAAAUCCAAUUUGUCAAGCCAGGAAGAUGAUCCUGAAGACAAAAAUCAAGCACAAUCAUGUAAAUUUCGUAACCAUGACCACAAGUUCGAGUGGACAAGAGAACAGUUCAAUUGCUGGGCAACUGAAUUGGCCAUGAGGCACAAUUACAGUGUUGAGUUCAGUGGGGUUGGGGGAUCUGGUGGUACAGAACCAGGUUUUGCUUCCCAGAUUGCUGUCUUUAGAAGGGGACCUGUACGUCAGGAAGAUGUUCUUCCAGAGGUUUCAGAUAUGGAACAUCCUUACAAAGUUAUAUGGGAAUGGAGCAGCAACGAUAGCUCAAGAUCUGCUCUGACAAACUGAGACACUCGUGCAGCAUUUUCAGAGCCCAUGAAACAAUGUUUUAUUUUGACUUAGAACUGGAUUCGGUGGAUCUGUCUGACUUAAAACCAGGUUUUGAAGGGGGGGAUCCUUAUCUCAGGGAGAUGAUCUUCCAACUUGCAGAUUUGGAACAUUAUGACAUAGCUAUAUGGGAAUGUAAUAGUACAACUAGCAACUAGCAAUAGGGAUUAAGGAGAAUAGAUUACCAGCGCGUUAUGUGCUGUUUGAUGAGUUGGUAAGUUAAAUCAAACUCAUCCACAAACGCAUAAUGUGGUGGUGAUGCUCACUGCGGAUUAAUGGCAUUGAGCAAAUCUAUUCUCAGAAAUAGGUAAUACGUCUUAGAUAUGCUCUCUGACAAAUCAAUGUUAUGCAACGUUAUGACUUAUUUUUUUGUUGUCUGUGGCCUGUUAGGCUUACAGAGUUGCAUGAAA